UUUAGGCUGAGACCUUUGAUGUACUUCCAUACCUGAACAUCUCGCGCUCAACAACACCAUAUCGCAAACAAUGCAUCAACUGAGCUAUUAUUUUAUCUCUCACUAGGCAAGCCGCUCCGUAUUGAUAUGGGACAACCCUUCUCACUCCGAACUUUUCCAAGGAAUAACCUUCAAACAUCGGAGAACACCAUUCACUGAACUGCAAUUGGCUAAAAUAUUUGUCAACCACCCGCCGAAGCCGACGCCAGCCUCGACAUACACUAGCAUACGCCUUAAAAAAGACUCUCAGAUAUCCACAAUGCCAACACGUAGCCCGUUCGAUUCCACCAAUGUUGAGCAAUCGCACUUUGAACAACUAGUCACCGAGGCGAUGGACUAUUGGAAAGUCCCAGGCCUUGCCAUUGGCGUUGUUGACAAGGCGCACAUAUCGUCCCAGGGAUACGGGGUUGCGCAGUUUGAGAAGGUCAGUCAUGCUGGUUUCCGCGAGCAGGCCGAGGAGACCGUUACCCCACAAACACUAUUCGACAUUGGAAGUGUGUCAAAAUCAUUCACUGCCGCCGCAAUGGCACUGCUAGUUGAUGAUCCUGGACUCCCAGAUGUAGAAUGGAGAACGCCCGUGUCUAGGCUACUCAGUGAUUUCGUGCUUGAAGAUAAGGCGUAUACGGAGCAAGUGAGCGUGGAAGACAUCCUCAGCCAUCGGAGUGGCUUACCUGGCCAUGAUGAAUCAUGUUUCGGUGUUUCAGCAUCCACUCCGGACACGCCUAUUUCAAUUGUUCGAAACCUCCAAAAUCUGCCAUUGAACAAACCUUUACGGACCGACUACCAAUAUUGCAAUAUCCUCUACACUGCUGCGUCCCAACUUAUCGAACAUCUCUCACACACGGAUUUCGCGACUUUCGUAUCAAGUCGCAUUUGGCUCCCACUGGAGAUGUACCGAACAUUUCUUAACAUCACGUCUGUCCCGGAAACUGAGCGGGCAAAUAUUGCACAGGGAUAUCAGUAUUUCGCCGAAGAUCCGUUCAAUUUCCCGAUAGCUUCCAAAGGAAACUAUGAUACAGUGCAGACUUUUAAUCAACCAGAGGGUCGCGGCGCUGGAUCAGUUUUCAGUAGUGUAGAAGAUUUGAGUCGCUGGCUAUGCUGCUUACUACGACAAACACCGCCUCUCUCGCCGUCUGCACAUUCUGAGCUCAUCAAGCCUAGGAUUAUGGAGGGGGAUGAAAAUAUACCAUUCCGCUCGCCCACAUUCUACGCUCUGGGUCUAGAAGUAGAGUACUACCAAGGAUUCACGAUAAUCAAACACGGAGGCUUAGUCUCCGGAAAUGCGGCACUAAUUUUGUACAUCCCAGAGCAAGAAUGGGGUAUUGUGAUCCUAGGUAAUUCAGAGGGUGCGGAGCAAGUGCACCAAGAAGUGUCGGCAUACCUAGUGGACGAGUUGCUUGGAAUACCGCAGGAGCAGAGAUUCGAUUGGCGGCACCAUUUAACCGAAGAAUGGAUCCAGGACAGAAAAAAACAAGCUGUCAGCGCCGAAGAGCUAUACCCGGAGCUAUUGGAUCGCAGCCGCCCUGGAAACAUCUUUUCGCCUCCGCUGGCCUCGCUUGCUGGCAUGUACACUAAUCCAGGGUAUCGCAUGAUCAAUUUGAAGUACAAGCAGAGGUACUUAGAGGCUGAUUGCUUGGAUCGUUCAAUGGGGUUCAAGCUUUACGUCACGGAACACGCUUUCGACUAUUGGUUUGUGGCAGAGCUGGAGGAUGCUAUUACAAAAGAGAGGUCUAGGAUGAGGUGUCAAUUUGAGAUUGGUGAGGAUGGGAUUAGUGCCCGGGUGGGGUUGAAUAUUUGUGAGGAGAUGGACGAUUUGAUUUGGUUUGAUAGGGUGAUUUGAGGCUGCCAUGGGAGUUUUGACUGCCAAUUGGUCUGCUGUUAGGAAAUUUGCGCCCUAAAAUCUGUUUUUCUGGCUUCAGUUUGUGUCUUGUCGCUGU